UGUAGAGCCAAUAAGAUAUACUCUGAUAUUCGCAAGCAACUUAAGUAAUCAAUAAAGUAAAUAAAGUAUGAUUCACGUGAUAACGACGAAUCCUUUGAAAUCUGCAAUGCCCAUUUGUUUGUACAAUAAUGUCACUGGCCUCACUGCCAAUCUGCCAUUAUAAGCAAGAUCCACGAGUUCGUAGUUCUUGCAUUUCAUUGUUCACAAUCACAUCGAUCGAGCUCCAAGAAGAAGGCUACCAUCCAUGGCAGAGACCAAGAAAGACGAAGCUUCUCCCCUGCACGUGGUGGUGUUCCCAUGGCUCGCCUUCGGCCACAUCAUCCCCUUCCUCGAGCUCUCGGAGCAGCUCGCCAAGCGCGGCCACUUCGUCACCUUCGUCUCCGCCCCGAGGAACCUCGCCAGGCUGAGGCCCGUCGUCCAGGAGGUCAGGCCGCGCAUCCGUCUCGCGCCACUGCCCCUGCCGCGCGUCGAGGGCCUCCCGGCCGGCGCCGAGUCGACGGCCGACGUGCCGCCGGAGAAGGUCGAGCUCCUCAAGGUCGCCUUCGACGGCCUCGCCGCGCCCUUCGCCGCGUUCCUCGCCGUGGCCUGCGCCGGCGUGGGGACCGGAGAAGGGCACGGCAGGAAGCCGGACUGGAUCGUCCUCGACUUCGCGCAGCACUGGCUCCCGCCUAUCGCCGACGAGCACCGGGUGCCGUGCGCGGCGUUCUUCAUCUUCACCGCGGCCGGCGUCGCGUUCAACGGCCCCAAGGCGCUCAACGACGCGCACCCGAGGUCCGCGGCGGCGGACUUCACCGUCCCGCCACCGUGGAUCCCUUCCCCGCUGUCCCAUCUCGCGUACCGCGGCCACGAGGCCGAGUGGAUCGCCGGGGCGUGGCGGCCCAACGCCUCGGGCGUCUCCGACAUAGCCCGCUUCUGGGAGACGACGGAGCGCUGCCCGCUCCUCGUGUGCCGCUGCAGCCGCGAGGUCGACGGCCCGCUCUGCGCCCUCCUCGGCGACCUCUACGGCAAGCCCGUCCUCCCCUCCGGCCUCCUCGCGCCGCACGCUGCCGCCACACGCGCUUCCUCGGCUGCCGGCGCCGACGGUCGCAAUGACGACGACGAGGAGACCGCGGGCCUCAUGCGCUGGCUCGACGCCCAGCCGGGGAGGUCCGUGCUCUACGUCGCGUUCGGGAGCGAGGCGCCGCUGGCGCCGGAGCACGUCCGCGCGCUCGCGCUCGGGCUGGAGCUCGCCGGCGUGCGCUUCCUGUGGGCGCUCCGGAGGCCGAUCGGGGAGCAGCGGCCGGAGCUCCCGGACGGGUUCGAGGCCCGCGCGCGCGCCGCCGGCCGCGGGCUGGUGCGCGUCGACUGGGUGCCGCAGGUGCGGGUGCUCGCGCACGCCGCGGUGGGCGCCUUCCUCACGCAUGCCGGGUGGAGCUCCCUCGUGGAGAGCUUCCUGUUCGGGCACCCGCUGGUGAUGCUGCCGCUGUUCGCCGACCAGGGCCUCACGGCGCGACUGAUGGCGGCGCGGCGCGUCGGCCUGGAGGUGCCGUGGGACGGCCGCGCGUUCGGCGGCGAGGACGUCGCGGCGACGGUGCGGCGGGUGAUGGUGGAGGAGGAAGGGAAGGCGCUCGCGCGCAACGCCAGGGAGAUGCAGGGGGUUUUCUGGGACACGGCGAGGCAGGGGAGGUACAUCGAUGAGCUCGUCGAGCACCUGCAGCGGCGCCGCCGGAGAGAGCAGGAUGCACCGUGCACGUAAUGCUCCAGUGGCAAGCGCCAACCUACGGAAGGUUCCUCGCCAUCCGGCCUCCACUCGCCAUGGGUUGUUGGAAAAUAAUAUCAAAACAUGAUCAAACGUGAGAUAUGGUUUUUAUGCCU